AUACAAACACGCCGGCAACACCAAUGCGAAAAAAGUGUUUUAUCGGUCUCAAAUUUACCGGAAGUGGCUGGUGUGUACCUCAGACAUGGUAACUGCCGUCCAAUUAAACCCUUCACAAGUGGGAUUCUUAUUGUGGACAGGUGCCCGGAAUCCACAACAGAUUCCUGGCUGAUACGUCAAUGCCAUUCAACACACGGUAACCCGUACCGCCAUCCGAAUUGUGUCAUUGAAAUCGACCAAAUUCCGGUACAGGAUUCAAGAGGCGUUGUUUAUAGAAAUAUAUACUGUGCUAUAUGUCAUGACGCCAAAAAUGCAAGCACCUGGUCGACUGAGAUUGAAACAGACACCAUGACAUAUUUUGAUACUGACGAGAGUAGAAACAUCCUCAUUAUAUCUAACGAACCAAGCCGAUCCCCGAAUUGUUCCCAGAAAAACAUUCCCGCCCAAAUGGAUAAGAUUGUGUUCUGCGACACCAGUAACGUUGUAGAGAUUGGCCACUCUCAUCGUGGACGAAGCUCUGUCGGAGAUGAUCCUCAUACAAAAACAUCGGUUUUUCCACUUUCUUUUCAAGUUCUAAUGAAUUUCGGAAUUAAUGGUAAAGGACAUAUAUUUUUUAGUGCAACGUCACACAGCGGACCCUCGCCACCAGUUCAUAGAUGUGCUGAAAACGAGGUUUACGACCAAAACACAGAACAAUGCAAAAAGAUUGUUUGUGCAUCUGGGUAUAAAUUAGUGAACUCUAAGUGCCAGUCGACAACCGCGACGUCACACGGGGACUCGUCAUCACUGGAUGACCUUGACACACUGAAUCAAGACGAAGAAACAUCGCAAAUCACGCUGCGUCUCAACGUCAGCGGAGAAGAUCUUCUCCUUCUUCAACAGGAGAAUUCCGACAAAACCAUUGUCGCAGAAUUCAGUGCUAGGCUGAAUAUUAGUUCCGACAGAAUAAAAAACUUCACGAUAGAAUUUCAGAAUGGAACCGUUUCCGGUAAAGAGGUCGAGGUCGUUCGUGUUGUCACUCCAACGCCACCACGAACAAAUAAAGCCUUGCCAAAAAAUCUAAACCAGGGACCUUUUAAUUCAGAUGAUGAAAACGUUAAGCCGGAAAAUACAACUGAAGGGACAGAAACAGAUUCAGUGUUAACCGACAGCAAUAUACCGUAUGAUACGAUACAGGAAACAUACACAGUCAUCAUUAAAUUUAUCCUCUUUCCCGCCAAAAAGAAAAGUUCAAAAGACGUGCCUACCAGCUUGGUUCUCGACACCCUGAAGACGAUGAUUGACGGGAAAUCUUUCAGUUUCAGCUUGAACGGGACGAGCUUUAAUGUUGAUGACGUAGAUAAAGACGACCCUUUGAUUUUAGAUUCCUGGUGUACGAAAGGAAGAAUAAACUACUACAUGGGGGACGAAUUCGAAUUCACUUCUCGGUAUGACAAUGAAACAGGUCAGAUGCAGUCCUGUAUCUACGUCAACUCGACCAACUCUUACUACGACCAGAAGCUGUUUGAUCUAUUUGUAAUGCUGACGACAACUUUGGGCGAAGUGUCCAACACGAACACAUCUUCCUACGUUUUCGUUUGCGACAUGCCGCGAAUCGUUGAUAAAGAGUGCGGGAGGAUUGAGAUUGUUGACUCUGAAUACAUACGUUACCCCGAAAAUAACAGCAUCUUCUACUCAGGUGAAUUAUUGAGUAUGAAUAAUUACGAGUACAUAAACGACUCAGAAAAUAGUCUUCGUUUGUGUAUUCCAAAAUCGUAUUCAUCUGACACCGAGCCCGAUAACCUUCUCGUCCAAUCGUGCGGUGUUAAUUUCUAUCGAGUAUCCUUGGCCGAAAACUACCUUUCCUUCAUCCUCGGAAUUAUAUCGUUGGUUGCCAUGGUUUCUGUGUUGGUAACAUACUAUCUCUUUGAUAAUCUUCGGAACCUGCCCGGACUUAAUACGAUAAAUUUAACGGUGUCAUUAUUCAUGGGGGAACUACUUUUCUUGCUCUCAGGGCUAACUGUAAAGCUGGAAUCUGAUUGGCCGUGUAAGGCGAUCGCGGUAUUCCUCCAUUACCUGUUCCUUGCUUCGUUCUUCUGGAUGAACGUGAUGGCGUAUGACCUAUAUCGCACAUUCGGUCAUAAUUGUAUAUUGACCAGAGUAAGAGAGAAGAAGAAUUUCUUCUGUCGAUACUUUGUGUACGCGUGGGGGUCUCCCGCGCUAAUUGUUUGCGCGUGCGCUGUUAUAGACUUCAGUGAAAUUGUGGACGGGGUUCACAUUGGGUAUGGAAGUUAUGUUACAAAAGAUACAGAUGUCACGGAUGCUGGAACGGUUUUCUCAACACCUUCGACCAAUUGGAGUGGAGAACACAACGGAAGCGUACCAAUCAAAUCGCCGGUUGCACACAGCAGUAUCAUAACUGAGGCCAAUUUGGGUUGUUGGAUAAUGGAACCCGUAGCCACGCUGAUAACUUUUGGGUUUCCGAUGAUAAUCAUUUUAGUUGUAAACGCCAUCAUGUUCAUCAAAACUAUCAUCUGUAUUCGAGCAGUAGCCAAACUCGCGAAACUCAAAACGAGGCGUUCGUCGCUGAACCAGGCGGUCGGGAAGUCGGAUGUUGUUCUGUAUGUGCGCAUGUCUACGGUGAUGGGCUUCACGUGGAUAAUUGGAUUAGGGUCAAGUGUCAUUUCCGCUUUUGCCGACGGUCCAACAGAUACUAUGUGUGUUGUACUACACACGAUCGGCAUUUUAUUUAUACUGUUCAACUGUUCACAGGGGGUGUUCAUUUUCGGAGCGUUCGUGUUCAAUAAGAGAGUUUUGGGCCUUUAUAAAUCUAAAAUAAAGGCAUGGCGGGAAACUGACCGAAGAAAAACUUACUUCCGUUCAACAUCAACUUUAUCCUCUUCUGUGAAGUACUGAGACCUUCAGGAUGAGUACCUGAUAUAUUGAUGGCUCAAACUCUAAUGGCUGUGACAAAUUUAUGAACAGAACAAACUUUAUCGUUAAAACUGUGGUUUAUUGUGAAAUCGUUGAACUGGCCUAAAAGGGUGUACCUGGUAAGCCGUAACACUUGUGUACAUCGAUACAAUAAUAGGCUGGAUGUGUAUAUAACUGAAUGGGACUUAUCCCGACAAUUUUGUGUAAAGAACCCUUCGUACAGGGCUUUUAUUUAAUGGCGAGGCAUGAUUCCUGUGUUGACUGAAACCUCUUUAUAUCGGAUACAUCCUAAUUCAUCGUAUCUUGGUUACCGUCUUGGAUAAUUCGAAGGUUUCUUAUCUUUUAUCGGCAUGUCAAAAUCGUAUGUUGGCCGACUAACAGGUUUUAAAGGGCAUUCCUUCGUUGGAUAAUGUUUAGGUCGUAAAAAUUAAAGUUACUGGAAAAUAUGUAGGUUUUUUUUCAAAUAGUAAAAGUUAUAGUCUUUACAUUAAUAAGGCAGUUCUACUCUAAAGAUAAACUAAAGUUAUUCGAGUAUUUUGUCCUGAAAACUCUUAAUUCGACCCGAAGUAUCAAAUAAUUACCGCAAAAACGCGGUAUUCGUAUACGAUACGCCUUUUCCCUGUACAUUUCGGUUUCAAUUUCAUAAAUUGUAGGCACAGACACUCGUAUAAUCAUCGUUCUGAUACAGAUUCCAUCAAUAGAAAUUGUGCAUGUUUCUGAUGCAGAAGGAAUGCCCCUUUAAAAGACCGAUAAAGCAUCUGAAACAUUUGGAUUACCUCUGGGAUAACUGGUUUGUCGGAUUUUGUUUUUUAAUUAGGUCCUUGAUUUCUGUAUCAUAUAAAUCCUGUGUAUGUCGAUCGUUUUGUCACUCAAAACGUCACGUGUUAUGCUGGUUUGCCCAAUACAAUAUCUUCAUUUUCAGUGAUUGUUUAUAUUGGCUUCUGCAUUUCAUAAUAUUGGUGCUUAAAAUUGAAUUUGUUUGUGUCGGAUAUUUCUGUGUACAGUGUAACCAAAUUAGGCCAAAUAUUUAUGUGUAAAUCGGAACUUGUUUAAAUCCGACAUUUCUGUAUAUUUAUGUGUAAAACGGAACUUGUUUAAUCGGACAUUUCUGUACAUAAAUUGACCUAAAUAGUUCCAAUAUUUAUGAGUAAAACGGAACUUGUUUAAUCUUACAUUUCUGUACAUAAAUUGACCUAAAUAGUCCCAACAUUUUUGUGUAAAACAGAGCGUUUUUUAUCGGACAUUUCUGUAUAUAGAAAUACCUCAAUAAUUCAAGUAUUGAUGUGUAAAACGGAACCUGUUUAAAUAGGACAUUUCUUCAUAUAUAGUGACCGAAAUGAUCCCGAUACUUAUGUGUAGGACAGACAUUUCUAUAUAUGUAUUUUUUUAAAUAAAAACUAUUUUGUAUAUGAUGUACAAUGUAUAGUUAAACAUACAUUGUAUGUUCCUGUGUACAAUUUAAAACUGAUAAGACAGGAUUAAUUUAAGCGAGUUGUCAAUAUCGUUUGCGUACACGCGAUUUUAAUCUGACCUGUCUGUGUUUGAACUCCUGGUAUUAUGCGCUUGUGUUUCUAAAUGAAUACAUUUCCUUGAUUAUUAAAAUAAAAAAUAAAGUAUAAUCAUUGUGUCUGUUGA